UUUUAGCCUUAAGCUUCCACAGAUGUGGGUUUCCUAUAUUGACAUUGAACAGUAUAUCCAAUUCUCCGCCUUUUCUGCUCCUUCCAAAAACAAGGGGAGAGAAAGAAGGUGAGAGAAAAAUUCAUCUAUUUUUCUCACCGCCGGCAGUCUCUACUUUAAAUCUAGGGUUUUGUUAAACCUUCAUCCAUAAUUUUCAUCCGACUUUUGCAGCUAAUAAUUUCAAAUUAGGUAGUUGAUUUCUGCCUUUGAACUUCCAGGUAUUUUUGUUGCAAUUGUUGAAGAAAAAUUGAUGAAUUGACGUUUGUGAUGAUAUAAAUAAAUGUAUUGAUUACUAUUAUGGAGGCUUGGUAGCUUUGUUAGGUUUUGACUUUUGCUAUUGGGGUCUCUUUUGGUAAGGGAAUGAUUUGGGUUUCAAGGGUUUAAAAUGCAAUUGGUGUCUUUGUCGAAGCUGAAUACUGCUUGUGGUUCGUCCCUUCGAAGAGUUUUGAUCGGACAGGUUAAGUCGAGGGAGCAGGGGAAUUUGGUUGCACAUUUAUGCUUUAAGGGUCAAAUUCUUAACCAGGGGUGUAAUUCUGUGAGGUUUUAUAGUAGUCAUCGGAUAAAUCAGUAUUUGGUUAACCCAACUGCCGCGUCUUUCUGUUGUCGUGUUAUAAGGAAUCCGAUGGCUGCUUCAGGGUCCCAAAGUGUUGCUGGAGAUGUGUGUGUUGAUACCUUGUUUAUGGGGUGUGGUAAUUUGAGUGACAUUGCGAAGCCUGCUGCUGUUUUCUUUGGUGAUAAAAGUGUUAAUAGUUGUCGAAAAUCUAGUAUUAGUUUGGCAAAUCGAGAUCCCCCUUUUAUGCGUCUAGUGUUCCCUGGUUUAGCCUACAGGAGUUGGGAUUCCAGAUCGUUUCUUGGAAAAUGCUUGAGGCAUUACCAUGCAUCAUCUUCUGCCAGUUGUUCUGAUGGAGCUGCUGCUGAUGUUCCCUUCGACAUCUCUCCCAGGGAUGUGCCCCUUGAAAAUCCUGCAGAUACCUCUGCCUGUAAACAAGUAGUCCAAAGAACCUUAAAGCUUCAUUCAGGAUCAUGUUAUCUGCCACAUCCUGACAAGGUAGACACUGGAGGAGAAGAUGCUCACUUCAUAUGUGAUAAAAAACAAGUAAUUGGAGUUGCAGAUGGUGUUGGUGGCUGGGCAGAUGUUGGUGUUGAUGCUGGAGUUUACGCUCGACUACUCAUGUCUAAUUCUAUGACAGCUAUACUGGAGGAUUCCAAGGAUGGAGUGGACCCAGCAAAAAUAUUGGAGAAAGCUCAUGCUGACACUAAAGUUAUAGGUUCCUCAACAGCUUGCAUAAUUGCUCUCACAAAUCAGGGAAUCCAUGCCAUUAAUCUGGGGGAUAGUGGAUUCAUAGUAAUCCGGGAUGGAAGUACAGUUUUUCGGUCUCCUGUGCAGCAGUAUGGUUUCAAUUUUCCGUAUCAGUUGGCAAGUGGCACUGGAGGUGAUUUACCCAGUUCUGGUCAGGUUUUCACAUUUCCCGUUGCAUCAGGAGAUGUUGUAGUUGCUGGUACUGAUGGAUUAUUUGACAACUUAUAUGACAAUGAGAUUACUGCUUUGGUUGUCCAAGCUAAGAGAUCAGGUCUGGAGCCUCAAGCGACGGCGCGAAAUAUAGCUUCUUUAGCGCAACAAAGAGCUCAGGAUCGUCAUCGACAGUCACCAUUUGCUGCAGCUGCACAUGAUGCUGGGUUUCGUUAUAUAGGUGGAAAGCUGGAUGACAUCACUGUUGUUGUAUCUUAUAUCACUGGUGAGGAUAAUCAGUGAGUUGUACCUUUCGAUUGUUUUUGUUUUGUUUUAUAGUUCUUAUUUUUCCUGCUCAUUAGAAUACGAUGAAUAUAAUGGUUAAAUUAACAUUCGUUUUGCAUUA